AUGUUGCGACUUGCUGUGGAACCGGUUCAAAAUGCUGCACAGACACUGGGGCCGCCCGACUUAUCGGGCAGUCCAGGUUCCUCAGUAUUUGAUCUCCCAAUCGGAGAACAGUCCUCGUGGAACCCACGCCCCGACCAACUUUUGCGGACACCAGCAUUAAACAUGAGUGGAGCGGCAUUAAAAGAUGACCUGGACGAUAUGUCUUUUGUUGUAAUAUCUGGGGGAACAGGGGGGAAUUCCAUUGUGGGUACCUUCACGAAAAGCGACGUGGUGUACGUGUUGCCGGUGUCCGAUAACGGGGGAAGCUCUAGCGAGGUAAGCAAUAUCAUCGACGCAAGCGGACCGUCAGUCGGGGAUCUCCGCUCACGCCUGAUCCGCCUCAUUCCAUCGUCACCAGCCUCAUCAAGUACUCAGACAGCCACAGAAGCUAUUCGGGCCCUUCUGUCCCAUCGAUUCUCGCUCGAGAGGUCAGAACAUGGUGCCCGAGAAGAGUGGAGGGAGAUCGUAGAAGGCCGUAGUGAGUUGUGGAGAGGCAUACCCCCGGAUCGGAAAGAAACCAUACGAGGAUUUCUUGUAUACUUCGAAGCAGAACUCCUCCGACAUGCGCAUAAGAGCUUCGUGUUCCGGAACGGUAGUGUUGGCAACUUCUUGCUUGCUUCCAUGCAGUUGUUUUUGCGCUCGCUUCCAUCUGCCAUAUUCUUGUUCGGAUCCAUCACGGGUGCUCAGACAAACGCACGAAUACUGCCAACUAUCGUAACGAAUCAUACAGUGACCAUCAGUGCUGAGCUAAUGAACGGGGAUGCUAUCAUUGGGCAGUGUGAUAUCUCACACCCCAUCCGAUCUUCCCGGCACCGUGUCAACCGUUCUAACAGUACUCGUUCUGCUGUGUUUGAUGAUGACGACGGGCUAGACGAGCUCGAUAGGGUCACUUCUCCUGGCAUGUUGCGAGCAGAAGAAGAAGGGAGAGAAGACCACCGCCUCGCCGCGCCAAUUAACCGCUUACUGUAUUUAAACUCGUAUGGCCAAGAAAUAUUUCCCUCGCCUAAUCCGGAGUUUAUAGAGAGCCUAUCUGAGAAGCGAACCCUAAUCUAUUCAUGCGGAUCGCUUUGGACGUCAAUAAUACCCUGUUUAGCUCUUCGAGGAGUGGCAACUGCCGUUGCCACGUCACCGAGUUUGGAGGCAAAGAUUCUACUCUUAAAUGCGAAGAAUGAUCGUGAAACACAUGGAUACAAAGCCAGCGACUACAUUCGUGCUAUUGUCCGUUCUCUCAAUCGAGCGGACCUUGGGGGCCAACGCUCAAAACCGUUACAUCCUCCUCGACGCAGGGAAACCCAGUCAAGUUACCCGGUCUCGGCGUACGUGACACAUGUGUUUUACCUGGAGGAAGGUGAGGUCGUUGUGGACAUUCCAGACGUAACAGUUCGUGGUCUAUAA